ACCGAAACUCCCAAUUCUUCAAAAACCAACACAUAUCGACUCUUCGAGGAUCACCCGACAGCGUCGUUAUAUCUUUUCAAAAUGGUAUGCACCACCGAUUGAAGGAAGCGGUCUUGAGAGAGUGCGCGUCUCCCUGCGCAAUCUCCCACCCGCGGACAAUUACAAAGGCCACACCAGACUAACACUGCGCUCAGUCGGAUGUAGAAGAGCCCACCAGCCCCGUCGCCGCCGCCGAGGAGGUCGAAGUUGGCGCCGAUGAGUCCGCCCAGUCUGGCUCGAUGAGCGUCCUUGACGCCCUCAAGGGUGUUCUCAAGAUCUCCCUCAUCCACGACGGUCUUGCCCGCGGUCUCCGUGAGGCUUCCAAGGCCCUCGACCGCCGCCAGGCACACAUGUGCGUUCUUAACGAGGCUUGCGAGGAGGAGGCCUACAAGAAGCUCAUUGUCGCUCUCUGCGGUGAGCACAAGAUUCCUCUCAUCAAGGUUCCUGAUGGCAAGCAGCUCGGCGAGUGGGCCGGUCUCUGCCAGAUUGACCGUGAGGGUAACGCCCGCAAGGUCGUCAACUGCUCUUGCGUCGUCGUCAAGGACUGGGGAGAGGAGUCGCAGGAGCGCUCCAUCCUCCUCAACUACUUCCAGACCGAGCAGUAAACGCUUCAUUGCGCUUUACGCCGCGUCUUUUCAACCACCGAGCCUCCCGAACAUCAAUCAUCAACCACGUCGACUUGCAAACAUAAACAUGCAUAGUACCGAGGGUCGGGCA